AUGGCGACAUCAGAUAGCGUGGGUCAAACGCCUGAGGUGAACCUGCUGUGGCAGAACAAUCGGCGCCUUCUAUUCGAUAACCUGGAUGCUCUUGAAGGAGAAAAAACCAUUGUGUGGGAUAGAAGUCUUAUGCAAAGAGUCAACUUGUUCGCUGGUCCCUCUGUGCUGAAAACCCAUGGCGUGGUCAGCAAUUUGGCGCUCGACCAAUUCCGUCCACCAGAUACCCCUUACGUUAUCUUUUUCCUGUCUCCUACACUGGCUGCAUUGGAUGGACUGUGCGAAUAUAUAGACAAAUCUAAAGCUGAUUCGAAAACACUUUUCGAGGUGUUUUUCAUUCCCGAAGCAUGGUACGUAGUCCGUGAGAAGCUGAAGGAGCUAAACGGUGGAAAGUACUGGGAACGUUUGGAAUCAGUACGCGAGCUGCCACUAACUUGGCUACCUCGUGAUGGAAAUGCUUUGUCGCUAGCAGAUCAUCAACUUCCAUCCAGACUGCUGAUUAACGGUGACUGGACUCAUUUGCAUCGUUGUGCAGUGGCUGUACAGCAACUGCUGACACUCUGCCCCCAGUCGAUUCCUAUCUACAGUCGCGGAAAAUGGGCUCAAGAUGUUGCUCGAAUGGUUCAUAAAAUGGGACCCAACGAAAGUGAGCAACAAUCUCCUCCACUACGUUUAAACCGUCUGGUGAUUAUUGAUCGUUGGAUCGACCCUCUUACACCAUUAGUACACCAGUUAACCUAUGCUGGUAUGCUUGAUGAGAUGUAUGGCAUCAAUAUGGUUGGAUCAAUCAAGGUUCCCUUGGCCGAAUUCGAGAACAACGACAAUGCUGAUCCUUUCGCUCUCAAAGAAAUACACCUGAAUGAUGAAGUUUUUCAUCGACUCAAACACGUGCAUAUAAACGCAAUCGGUUUCGAACUUGCAAAAAUAUUGGCUGAUAUAAAAGAGGAUGAGGAGUUUGACCGAGACCGGAUGUCCGUGGCUGAAUAUCAAGUCCUCGUGAAGAAAAUGCCUCAAAUACUAUUGCGGAAGAAGCUUUGCAGUGUACACAUGAGACUAGCCGAAAUGGCUCGUGCGCAGCUUUACGAAUCAUUUGCUGACUAUAUCCGUGUGGAGAAAGAGCUACUCGAGUCUGCUGCAAGCGAUAAAGUACACCCAUUCAUUGAAGAGGCCAUUAUCAGCGGCGAUGAUGUGAACAUUUCAAUUCGAUUGGUCGCCACUCAUGCGCUUGCGGCUAACGGACUCAAGCCCAGUGUUCUUCUUCAAUAUAGGCGCAUGAUCAUGCAGUCAUUCGGUGUCGAAGCACUGAACAAGUUACUGAAACUGCAAAAAAUGGGAAUAAUCCGAGAACGGGGUGGCAGUGGGAAGCUGUCCACCGAUUAUCCUCCACUGAUGUUCACAUCCGUCAAAAAGCAAUAUGACUUGCUACCCGACAACGUGUCGGAAACGAGCACGUCAGAUGCAGCAUAUGCCUAUAGCGGUUAUGCUCCAUUGAUUGUUCGAAUACUGGAGGAAGGAGAUCGAUCAUUCGGUGUCGAAGCACUGAACAAGUUACUGAAACUGCAAAAAAUGGGAAUAAUCCGAGAACGGGGUGGCAGUGGGAAGCUGUCCACCGAUUAUCCUCCACUGAUGUUCACAUCCGUCAAAAAGCAAUAUGACUUGCUACCCGACAACGUGUCGGAAACGAGCACGUCAGAUGCAGCAUAUGCCUAUAGCGGUUAUGCUCCAUUGAUUGUUCGAAUACUGGAGGAAGGAGAUCGAGUAAGGUGGGCCGGAUGGAACAAGACUUUCGACGGCACAGUUGGAGGUGACGAUCGCACGGCUGUGUUCAUCGUGGGUGGUGUAACGCGAGCAGAACUUGCCGGAAUUCAACUUAUGCCCAAUGUAUGUCUCAUAUUGACGUCAUCGAUUAUCACCGGCAAUCGAUUAAUCGACGGUAUCACACAGAUAUGA